AUGUCUUCGCCCUCCCCCGAGACAACCAGCUACAACGAUGACCAGAAGCCCGAGCUCUCCCGUGCGGCCAGUUACACCGAUAUCCCCAGUCAAACCGCCCCAGAAUCUACUUUGAGGCGUACAUUUUCCGACUAUGCCGUUCCAACCUUAGCGCAAUCUCCAACAAAGGAGAGCGUGGCGGCGGGGAAGGAUAUUCUCCGCCGAACCUCUCUGCGCUCCAAGAACAGGCCGAAGCCAACCCCCGUCUCACGUUUCACACUGUCGUCAUCGGAGGACCUGAAGGAUACAGAGACAAAUGUGCCAGAAACUAGGGCACCGGAGCCUGCUGUGCGGCCAUCGAAGAGCCGGUCAAUGUCUGGAAGGAUAGUCAGCCUGGCGAGGAAACCAUGGGGCUCUUCUUCUCGAUCCCCGUCUCCAUCAGCAAAAAGAUCCAAACAGCAAGAUUCUCCGAACGUGGCUCAGCCCAAUGGUCGAAAGUCAGAAGAUGAUCAAACUCAACCCUCCCGCAAGCGAACGAUUCUCUACAAACGCCCACGUCGGCCAAUGGUGGCUGUUGUGGCCAAAGGCCCUGAAGACAGUCCCAUCUCCCCGAGCAGUCCAUCGGGUUAUUCCCUACGACAUCGGACCUCAUUCGAAAAGUUCACAGCAUCACUUUCCGUCUCGACUCCAAUUUUGCCGCCAAUGCCCAAGGGAGCCGCCGAAACUGCAGCGUCAUAUGCGAAUACCGGUGUUGAUCCGUCGAGGAAAAAGGACGAACUUUGGGGUAUCUUUCGGGGUCUCGAAGCGGACUUCCAAAACUCGCUGAAAGCCAAUGUCAUCCGCACCUCGCUCCUCCCUUUUCUCAGUCGCCAUCACCUCCACGCCUCUUGCAAGAACAUCAGACCCGAAGACCUGGACCGUCGAGUCAACAUUCUCAAUAAAUGGUGGAUUGGAAUGCUGGAAAUGCUCAAUGGCAAGUAUAACCAGUCUAUUUCAGGAACCGACAGACCGGUGUUUCUGGAAGCUGUUGUAGGAAUUAUGGCUCGACCGGAAUGGCGCAUCCCAUUCCCAAUGGCCCAGCAAAGCAGUGGACCUACAGAUUCUUUAAAAUAUGCAUCGACCUCAGUAUCGGAAACAUCGGAUGGCUCAGGCUCCUCGGGCUCGGAUUUCCUGGUUGAAUCGAUUCACCACAACAUUCGGAACAUCUUUAUUCAAAAUCUGCUUUCCCAAAUGGCGUUUGUGGUUGAACGAAUGUCCAUGAGGCAUGCACCAGCCAGUCUGGUCGCAUUUUGCGGAAAGGUCUGCGCAUAUGCCUUCUUCUUCUGUCCCGGGGUGCCUGAAAUCCUGGUCCGCUUGUGGUGCACGCCCCCUACCAUGUUCAGGCGCAUCUUAUCUGAAUCGGCGGGGUCAAGGGCUGGAAAUUUUCGUCCAUACACCGAAGAACUUGCUCAAUGUUUCCCACCGGCCCUCCGCCCUCUCGCUUUCCACUCACAGGCACCUCUGCUACGGUACCUACGUCAGAAACUUGAUGCCCCUUUGAACACCGCCUCUAUCAAUUGGAACCGCCCGUGGAUCGCUAGAUGGGCUGGGCGUGACACAGAUCUGUUCUUCGUGUUCGUGAAAUACAUUCACAUUCUCUAUGCUGAGUAUUUGCCCCCGGAGACGGAAAAGGCGAAACGGAUCUUAGCACCUGGAUUGUUGAUGGUUCAUGCGCAACUCCUGCUCGUCCUAGAGGAUACCUUAUACAAGCAAGACACCGGAUGCUGCUGCUUCCCCCACCAUCUCCGGAAUGGCAGCAAUAGCCAUCGAUCAAUGGUAGAGAAUCGUCUUAUCAUCCUGCUCCGAGAUUUCCUCUCCGAAUCAUCCGUGGAACCGAAUCGUGCUCGCUUACUCUUCGCUGAAUCAUUCUGUUCCAUUAUCAAAUCUGCAGCCCAGAAAACGUCGCUUUUUGAUCAUAACGCAUGCUUUUUGCUAUGCGACUUUCUCGAAGAGGUCAUUCCAAUUAUCACACGUUAUGCUCAGUCAAUUGAAACGGAACUAUUUGAUUGGGGAUUUUGGCUCACUGUUUGUCGCCAGAUGAUGCAAAGCCACAAUUCGAUAACCGAGAUUCGCGUGUUCGCUUUCCUUUUCUCCGUCUGGGGUACGUGGACGGCCACAGAUGAAAGAAAAGCAUCUAUCUGUUUGGACUUCUUGCUGAAUGAGCCGGUUUUCUACUAUUACUUCAACCACUGGAGUCCAAUGGUCCGAGCCUAUUUCCAUCGUUUGUUAUGUUGGAGGGUUGGGCGUUUCAACACUGAACCCUCAUCACUUGAUUCCAACAUCUAUGAGCUUCUUUCGGACCGACUUCUACGAGUCUGGGAGUACUAUAUUGGGUCCCAAUCCAGGGCCGAAGAGGGCUUGACAGCACCUUUAUCCUCUGCUCCAUGUUCACCUGCCCCAGGACGAAGAAUCAUCAUCAUCCGAUGCGACAACCACGUAUCCCCAGUUAAUCUCUUCGUCAGCUUUGACCGAGUCGUUCCGCCCGUCCCUUCGGACCAACUCAUGUCGCACCGACGAACUGGCUCUUCCGACUCGACUGACUCAAAUAAUCCUCCCCCCAAGAAACGAUGGGGACUCUUCAAAUCUAUGUUCGGCAGUUCUUCCACUGCACGUUCCGGCGAUGGUGCCAGCAGCAGCUCCGAUGAAUCUGAGACCGGUGCAUCGGAUAUCACAGUGACUGCUGAUAGCAAAUGUAUGGAUGACCACGAAAAGACUCCAACCAACAACAUGGAUGAAAUCAUUCGCCCUAAGACUCCACACCAGCCGUUCUUUUUCAAAUUCUCGUUGGAAUGGUCAGAUCGCCCGCCUUAUCCUACCAAAAACAAACGUCUUUUCCCCCCUUGUCUCCCAGUUGCAUCCCAAUUGCACGUUGAGCAUCGCCGUUCUCCUGACAAGUCAGAGUAUGACACAGCAUCAGAGAACCCGGCUCAGUCUUUUGAGAACGAUGAACAAGAACAAGACCCAGAACCCCCCACUACCACCGAAGCUACUCCUACUCAACCUAUUUCUGAUACCUGGCCCCGAACACCUACAACCAAAGACUCCCCCCUACCUCAACUUCCUUCUUUAAUUUCCUACGACCAUCUUGUGCCUAGCAAAUAUGCAGGUCGCGCCCUUGCAGAAUGGGCACACAUCGUUUCCGAAUGUGAUAGCUUCUUCGCCCGUCGUCGCGACGAGGGCGUUCCCACUGACCGCAUGGUGGAGACCCCAACCCUGGGCGCUGAAAACUUCCGCAAAUAA